AUUAAUGGAGCGGCUGUAAGUAGGACUAUUAUUGACUGUAAAAAGUAUCACUGGCACUCGGACCCGUACAUAGAGACAAAUAAGUCAAAUCUCAGCACUCUACCUCUGAAAGGUUGCUGACUGCCUGAUGUAGACGAACAUGCAGCACACACAAAACAUUCUUGUAAUUCCCACUGUAAGGUGAACCUCUGACUUAGACAUUGGUGGACUUAUGCUAGAGAUGGCCAUGGCAGAAUAAUAAAGGUUUCAUUAACACUUUUGGCUGAAUACGAGUCUUAAAAAUCUUUUAUUUUGUAAAAAAAAAAUAUCUCAUUAAAAUGGCACAAAUAAAUACAAACAAAAUGUAAAGUUCAGUAUUACUUGAAUUUUUCAAAGAUAGAUGAAAACAUAGGUAUGAUGAAAAUAAUGAACAUUCCAAAAAUAUCUUUCUGCUGGUUUAAACUUGAUUCUCACCUUUUUUCAGACUCCUGCUUUUGUGAGAACUCUGAAACACUCUGUGUGAGAUCUACGCUUGGCUCCUCAUGUAUUAAUUCUGACAUCAAUUAUAGACAGAAAAAAUGAUGCAUCCUGUUGCCAGCAGUAAUACAGCUUUCUGUGGGACUGGCAAGAGUUCUUGCCUUAACGAAGACAAUGUGAGAUCCACUGAUCAGUUUGACUUGUAUUCUACACAGCAAAGCAAGUACAGCCACACAGUCAGCCACAAACCAAUUGCAUGUCAGAGACAAGACACGUUAAAUGAAACACACUUGCAAGCCACAAGUGGCAGGAAUAUAGAAACAAAAGAUGAACUAAAGAAAAAGAAAAACCUCAACCGAUCUGGUAAACGUGGAAGGCCAUCGGGGACCACAAAAUCAGCAGGGUAUCGAACCAGCACAGGUCGACCUCUUGGGACCACCAAAGCAGCUGGAUUUAAAACAAGUCCAGGCAGACCCUUGGGUACAACUAAAGCUGCAGGAUACAAAGUCAGCCCAGGCAGACCUCCAGGUAGCAUUAAAGCUCUAUCACGGCUUGCAAAUCUCAGUUAUACUUGUGGCAGUGCAGCUUUUCCUUAUCCUAUGGUGCAUAACAGAGGAGUACAUGUUGCCGGUGAAACUAGUAGCAAAGUCAAACAACCCAAUGAAUGAAAUAAAGGAAUUAGUUAGUAUUUCCUCAUUAAUCACUUUUAAACUGAAUCUUGGCAUGUUUUUCACAUUUUUCUGUAAUAUUUCCAUAACUUUGGCUUUUUAAAUUUUUGUUUAUAUGUCCAUUGUGCAAUCCACUAAUUUUUAAUGUAACAUGAAAGGGCAUAGGUAUGGCUUUGGUUUUUUUUUACAAAGGUUUUAAGUAAAUUCUUAAAUUAUGCCUUUGUGUGUUUUCUUAAAGUAAUACUCAUAUCCUGAGCUUUAUUUGUAAGACAAAUUUAAUUGUCUGAUUAUGCACCAAGAAAUUGAAAUAAGCAGGAAAACAUUAUCUGGCUGUUAGCUAUGAAGUGAGCCUAGGCCACAAUAAAGAUCUUGUCCAGAAGAGUUUAAAACUGAUUAAACAUAACAAACAAUUCUAGACUAUUUUUCAGAACUCUGUGACAUUUUGCAAUGCCAAUGGGUUUUUUAUAGGUGGGAAUGGAGAGAAAAUUAAAUUUUCCACUUUUGCUAGAGCUGAUAUUAUAGAUCUCAAUUGUCCAUAGAUAUUUUGAAACUUUAAAAAGCUAUUUUUCAAAGUGCUAAUUUCAAGCAAUUUUUAUUUGCUGUAGUGUAGCAUUGUCAGUUUUCACUGAUGUUCCAAAAUAUUUUUUGAGAAUGUGUAAUAGUAAUACUUAACAUUUAUGCAGCGCUUUACAUCUUCAAAAGCGCCUUACAAACAUGAGCUAAUAUGCCUUUAGGUGAUAGCAGAUCUUUUAGUUGUGCUACCUACAAGAUUCUGCUGUAUAAUCUUAAAAAUGCCUGACAGUGCAUAUACCAAACUGCAAAUAAUUCAUUACAAAUCUGAUAUAUUUUAUAAAUUACAAAAUAAGUACUGUUAAUUCUUGUAACAAACUGAAUUGAAAGUAAUAUUGAACAGCAUGUUUUUAAAUCUGUAAAUAGCUACAUGAGCUAUUUUUUGCCUUCACAGUAUGUGCUUAGGUGGUAGCAGUUAAUAAGUUUUAAAAUACUAAUUUGGUAUGUUUAUAAACUUUUUAAAUAGACACUGUUGCCAACUCUCAGAUUUAGUUUUCCAGAUAUUCCAGGAAUACAAUUAUCCCAUUGUUUAACAUUUAUUCUAUAUUUAAGUUACGGAAGACUAUAUAUCUACCAAAGGACUACAUUUUCAUGAUUUAUAAUAGAAAACUGUAUAGCUGGUUCAAUUAAGACCCCCAGAUAGAAAGCAUUUCAUAGGAAUUAAUCUAUGCAUGCAAAUUGAAAAAGUAUGUGUAAUUAUAAAUACUUUUUUCCUUACUCAAACUGAGACCUAUCCUGCAUCUAACAGUUCCAUUUUAACAGGGUGUGCUUGGUUUUAAAAAAAAGUGUGCGUGUGCAUGUGUGAGCGUGUGUGUGUAAUAUGCACACACCCACCUAUACUUGGAAAAUAACAUUCCUCACUAUUGCAUAUUGUUAUAUUUAUUCUAAAUAUAUCUUGCUAGAGUUAAAGCUUUUAAAAUUCUCAUAGAAAGUUUACAUAAAAAUUGUUUCAACUAUAAUUUAAAAUUAUACUGAAUAUGUAGCUUCAAAUACCAGUGGGAGUUUGUCAGCACAUUUUUGGGAACAGAGAUCUUUAAGGUUAAUUAGAGCUUUUGUUGAAAAUGAACAGUACCAAUACUUUUGUUUUAAGAAAGUCUGGCUUGCUGUAAUUUUGAUGAGAACUCUGAUUUCAAUGAAAACUUAAGAAACAGAUAUCAUAUUUCGUACCUUUUUUAUCAGGAAAAAAGCAGCAAGCCUUCAGGUGUUCCAGUGAUGCCUAACACAUAAUGAGCUGGACUUUAUGCUGUACUUUACAAUAGGUGUGUUGAAUUGUGAUUGAGGGACUUAUGUGUGCACUGGCAACUAAGACAAUGAACCUCAACAAUACUGGAUGGCUUCUUGGUCAGUGUGUAAACUAAUGGCAGCUAAACUGCUACUAAAAUAUAGUUUCUCCUCGCUGAAGCUAUAAAGUCAAGUUACACUUUCUGUUCCUCAACAAACUGAAAAAUAUGAAACUCUUAAUAAUGUUUCUCAGAAUGGUGUAACUUCUGAUACACGCAAAAAGCUAACAUGAGCUAAUUCACCCUCAGGAUAUGUGUUAUAUUGGCUGUUUUGCCAGAUGAUUUUUCAACAAGAGGCUGCUUUAAACCCUUUCCUGAACUCUUCCUGGAAAGCAGCCAUCUUCAGCUGAAUGUAAUAACUACAGAAGUGUCACGCCUCGCUAGCAAGGAACACGUUGCAUGUCACCAAUGUACCUUUGAGUAAUGCCACUUCUUACCUCCUUCUGUUUAUCCUGUUCACCCGUUUCAUUUCUCACUUGUGCAUCUAUUCAAUGGUGCUGUGCUGUGUGUCAGGAGAUAAUGCAGAUGUAUUAUUGUUCUACUAGAAUAAUGAAUUUUGUAUUCAAGUAUGCGGAUAAAAUAAUGAAAUCAUCUAAACAAUUCAUGUUCAUUACAGUGUUUAUUAAUAUCAGAUGAAAUGUCAAAAGGCUGAACAUUGUCAAUUGUGAAAGGUUGAACUUAAGUAGAAAUAUGUGUUCAUGGCUUCUGUAAAGGGCCAUUUGGCACUUUGGAUUUGGCAAUGAGACCAGAAAGUGCAAUGUUGGGCACGUCCUCAUUCUGGCUUAUUUUAUCCAUAACUGCAGUUUACUGGUGCCAUGCUGUGGGGAAGAGAGAGAAGUCAAGAAGUCAAAGUGAAUACGAAUGGAAUCUUCACAUUUUUUUGUUGGCUAUUAUAUAUAACUUACAGAAUAUAUUGUGCUUUUUUUGUAACACUGUAUGUUGUCAUGACAAACACUGAAACAGCAUGUUAAUGCUUAUACUUGGAUAUUAUCAAUGGGAAAACUGGCCUUUUCCACUACAGUAUGAAAGCAUUAUUUGUAAGGUAAAUUGCUAAUUUUAUAUUAUGUACCAUAAUUCUGCUCUUCAUAAGAUAGGGUUACUGCUAUGUAUUAACACUGUUGAGAAAAAUGAUCUGCGUGUCAAAUUUGUGUUUUUAAUAUUUUUUUUAAAAUCACAUUUCUAAUGUCUUAUUUAUACAUACAUGAAACCUAAGUAAUAGGGACCCAAGUCAAAAGUCACUGUACAAAAUACAUCUAGUAACUGCUAUUGUAUUUCUAAUUAAAUUUACAUACAUUUUAGAACUCAGUAAUUUUGCUACUAUUUUUUCAAGUUUUGCACUGUACAUUUUCAGAAUGCUAGCAGCACAUAUUGACAGGAAAACAAUCUUGAUACCAAAAGACGGCUAACUUUUAAUUACUAAAAUGGCAUUUUUAAAUAUCCACUAUUAGCUCUGUCAUUAAAACAACUCAUUCUUUAUACAGUGCAUUUGCUUUAAUUAAUCACUUAAAACUUCAUAUAUCAAGAUCCAUUAAAUGUCUUUUUUCUGAAAUAAUGCAUUUUCAUUUUGUCUGGAAGUUUUCUUUGGAUUCAUUCAGGACAAAACCAAACCUAGUCAGUGGAGUGAUGUGUUUGGGGAAAGAAUUACCUUUAUCUGCAACAUAUAAAGUAACUGAGAUCAUAACUUCACUAUUUUUCCAUUUUGAAGAGCUUUAAAAAGGCAGAGCAAUUCAAGAUUGUCUGAAGUUAUUUUAGCUGUGACUCUGCUGUUCUUUGUACUAUAUGUACAGUAAAGUUUAAUGCUAUUCCUAUAGAAACAUUAAAAAUAUAAAGCAGUUGAUCAUAAUCAUAAAAUCUUGGAACUGCAAACUUUGAUCACAAAAGUUUGUUCCCAUUAUUAUAAUUGCUUAAAUAUGUUUUUGAACUCUGGGAGACACUAGAACUUUUUCCUAGUGAUUAUUUUCCCCCUUUAGGUAAAAUCAUGUUUUGAAAUCUUUGCUAAGUGUAAGGAUAUGCUAAAUUGUUAGGAAGUUUUUGUUUCUCAUACAGUAAUUUGAAUCGCUUUGAUUCCUUAAUCUUCCGCAGUUUGCUUUUCCCACACGUUAAUUUUGGAGGAGACAGUUAUUCAUUAAAUAACUAAUAUCAGCACUCUGUUCUCUGCUGUAAAAAGCCUGUUUAGAUGCUGUUUGUUUUUAUGUCCAUGAACUUGAGCUACUCAUGUGCAAUUAUGUGUAUGGGAAUGGAGUAGUCUUCAUGAUCUGUAUUUACAUCACCAUAUGGAUGUAUAUUUAUUAAUAAAGUCAAUACAUUAAAACA